GACGGCGGCACGCACGCGCGCACGCAAAUAUGCAUGCAGAAUGAAGCCGUGUGCGCGUGCGUUACCUCGUGGCACUGUGAUUGAUACAUUUCCCCCCCGCUCCUCCCUCUCUCUCUCUCGCUCUCAUACACACCCAUGCACGCACACACUUAUAUAACAGCCGUGAGAAUUCUGGGAACGUGCCCACAUAUGUUCAGAGAGCGAGAGAGGGGUGGCGCGUGGUGAAACUCGGCCCUCGUGGUCAGACUGCAGUGACGUCAGAAGGUGACUGUAGUGACGUAAGUGGGUAAGAGUAGCGCGCGCUCACUCCCGGAGCAGCCAUUGAUUUGAUAUUGAACAGAGACAGAAACAAAGUCACGUGACUCCAGAGUCUGAAGACAGUCAUUAUCGUCACUAUAAUAAUAACAAUAAUGGAGAAUAAAGAGACCGCGCGAGCACCGAGAGUGAGGCGCGUGCGCUGUGAGAGCAGCAGAGCGUCGGUGCCUCAGUUCACUAACUCACCCACCAUGAUCGUGAUGGUCGGUCUCCCAGCGCGAGGGAAGACCUACAUCUCUAAGAAGCUAACCAGAUACCUGAACUGGAUCGGAGUCACAACCAAAGUGUUCAACGUGGGUCAGUAUCGCAGAGACGCGACACAAGUGUACAACAGCUACGAGUUCUUCAGACCCGACAACAUGGAGGCCAUGAAGAUUCGGAAAGCGUGUGCGCUCACCGCACUCAAAGACGUGUGUGAUUACUUCACCAGAGAGCGGGGACAGGUCGCGGUUUUCGAUGCGACCAACACGACCCCCGAUCGCAGAGAGGUCAUUCGCAAUUUUGCCAAAGAAAAUGGUUACAAGGUUUUCUUUGUGGAGUCAUUGUGUGACGAUCCAGAAAUCAUCGCUGAGAAUAUUAAACAAGUGAAGCUGAGUAGUCCAGACUACAUAGACUGCGACAAAGACGAGGCCGUGGAUGACUUCCUGAAGAGGAUCGAAUGUUACAAGUUGACGUACGUCCCUCUGGACGACGACAACGACAGGCACCUGUCCUACAUUAAGAUCAUUAAUGUGGGCAGUCGGUACCUGGUGAACCGGAUCCAGGACCACAUCCAGAGCAGAAUCGUUUACUACCUCAUGAACAUCCACGUCACGCCCAGAUCCAUCUACCUGUGUCGCCACGGAGAGAGCGAGCUCAACCUCGUGGGCCGAAUCGGAGGAGACUCUGGACUGUCCACACGUGGGGCCAAGUAUGCCAGCGCACUGGGCUCAUACAUGCGUGGACAGAGCAUCAGAGACCUGAAGGUGUGGACGAGUCACAUGAAGAGAACCAUCCAGACUGCAGAGGCUCUGGGAGUCCAGUACGAACAGUGGAAGGCCCUCAAUGAGAUCGACGCUGGUGUGUGUGAGGAAAUGUCCUACGAGGAGAUCCAGGAGAAUUACCCAGAAGAGUUUGCUCUAAGGGACCAGGACAAAUAUCGAUACCGUUACCCCAAAGGAGAGUCUUACGAGGACCUGGUCCAGCGUCUGGAGCCCGUCAUCAUGGAGCUGGAGCGGCAGGAGAACGUCUUGGUCAUCUGUCACCAGGCUGUUAUGAGAUGUUUACUCGCCUACUUCCUGGACAAGAGUGCAGGUGAGCUUCCAUACCUGAAGUGUCCUCUGCACACGGUCCUGAAACUCACCCCAGUCGCCUAUGGUUGUAAAGUGGAGUCUGUUUUCCUCAACAUUGAAGCUGUGAAUACACACAGAGACAAACCAGUGAAUGUGGACGUGGACAGAGACACAGCGGAGGCUUUAGGGACGGUGCCCGAUCACAUCUAGAUGAGGAGGAGGCGGAGUCAGGUUCUAAUGAUCCAACCUGAUGGGAAAAGAGUGGCCUUUUAAGAAAAGAAAAAAAAAAAAAUCAUCAUCACUAUUAUUGUUACUAUAAUUAUUGUGGUGGUGGAAAGUUCCUUCUGUAGCAGCCUGUUUAAAUUGUAAAUGCACUUUAUGAUGCAGCGCACAGAGGUCACACGCUGUCAGUUAGCCUAGCAUAGCAUUAGAAAAUAAAUGAAAGUAGCCAGACUUUGUUUAAAGGCAAUAACAUUUUUAGAAGCUCAUCCAAAAACAACCAGAGUUUGUGUAAACAUCCAAAAAAGAAAAACGUUUUGAACACGUCGUCUGUCAUUCAACCGUUUAAGUCUUGAAAGCGUGGUUUCCAUGGUUACUAGGGAGCUAUGACUCCAGCUACGACGUGUGGCUAACGCAAGGAAUGUAAAUUUGAAACGUAUUAUGUAAAUUAGAAAAUAAUUAGAAUAUUUAAUUAACAUCUGCUGAGAAGUUUAUGUCAUUGGGGUCGGCCAUUUUAAAAAUUGUAAUUUUUGUUUUUAUUUUCCACUCAAAAUGUUGUGAAUUACAAUUUAAAUCGACUGUCCUGGAAAAACACCUAAGCCAAAAGCGCUAACAGUAGCUAAAUCCGUAGGACCACAAACUAGCUUUUUUGGUAAACUGACCACAGUUAGACUAAGCUAAGCUAACUAGCUGUAAAUUUAGCACGUGAAUGUAUUAAUCUGUCUUGAACAUGAACCAGUUAGCGUAGUUGGUAUUUUAACUUCCCGAUACCAUGACGUGCCUCACGCCAAAAUUAGCAUCUGAGGUCAAUAUUAUAUACAUAUAAUAUUUAGACUUCCUGUGUCAACAACAAGAUCUAAAAGUUUUCUGUUUUUAAUGUGCACAUCUUUAAUUUUAGUCAUUCACCUUUACUGUGCAGCUAAUCAAGCCCUUCAACAUAAAAGCCAUUGACUUCAGCUUUUUUUACUAGCUCCUGUCUAAGCUUUUUUUUGCCACGUGGCACUUACUAAUGACAUACACGUUUUUAUAUCUUUUCAUUUUAGUCGUUGUUUUACAACUAUCGCAGAAUAUUAGCGAUGACAUGAAGUAGUCGUGCAAAUCCUGUUUCCAGUAACGGAUCAAGUCGCGACUUCAAGAUUCAACCGUCGCUUUGUUGACAUUUUGUGGAGGAUUUCGGAUUCUUAAACACAAACUAGUCGCAUGUUCCGUUUGUUGUCAGAACUCAGGAAUUUUCCAACUCCGACAUUGGAUUCCAAGAUAGCUACCACAGUACAAACACUGCAACAGUGAACCAGUCGUGCACAUAGUACCAUUUGAUUUCUAUUCGCGAACAAUGUGACUACACUGUUUGAGUGAGCGUUGGUAGCAACAGGUAUCGCUAACAAUGGCUAGCCCAGAAUUAUACAUAGUUUUUUUUAAGACUCAAUGUAAAUGGAACAGCGUAGAAACAAAACCUUUAGUUUUUAUAGAAAUUACACCUCAUGUAGCUUAAAAUACCAAUUAACUAUGCAACAUACGUGUGUGGUCGCACGCGCAAUGUGUGAACAGUUGCACGUUUUUAAAAAUAGAAACAAAGGGAAACUGGUGCAAUAUUAAUAAUAAUAAUAAUUACUGUACAACACGUUAGUUCUUCCUUUAAGUUUGAUUAUAUUUAUAUGACUUUCAGACUGUGAAACGUCAGUGAUGUGUUUCCGAUCUCUGUUACGUAAAGUUCCGGACACUCUCCGGGUUACCUGAACACACCGUCACUGCUCCUGGUUAGUUGGUACCACGAGGUAGCGCCAUUGUCCACUCUGGUCCGAUUCUGAAAGAGGCGGAGUCAAGUUCAACAUCACCCGAGCAGACGACAGUGAAAGAUUGAAGUUUUCGUUAAAGCACUCACUUGAGUUGAAACCACAGUCACAGCAGAAGCAAAACAAACAUUCACAGACACAACAACUCUGUAAAUUACACAAAAAUAAACAUUAUACACAAACUUUAAACGU